AUGAAGAAUGGAAAAUCUGGUGGAGGCGACGGGACAGAAAUGCUAAGAUAUCUUCCUCCGUCUGGGAUUCGUGAGAUGACAAAGAUCAUCCGUUCAAUAUGGAUAAGCGAAAGGAUACUUGAUUCGUGGAGACACGCUAUCAUAAUUCCCCUCCACAAGAAGUUAUCCGUCACGGACCCAAGGAAUUAUCGAGGAAUCUCUUUGCUGCGUGUUAUGUACAAGGUACUGGAGCGCAUUAUCCUGGACCGACUCAUUAAACAUCGCGAAGAAACAACGCGCGACGAGCAAGCUGGCUUUCGUUCUGGCCGAUCUACCAGGUGUUCAUCGUCAGGAGAGUGA